UCACUCACUCUCAAAAAAACCAACCUUUUCACCACCUCCACCCUGUUUGGAACAAAAGAAAAUAUUAGAAAAACAAAAGAAAAUUAAACAAACGCGUCAAAAAAGACAAGCGAAACUCUCUAUAUUUUUUUCAGGGUUUCGUUGAGAGAAUCGAGGCUAAUUCGAUUAAUCGCUCAGUUCGAAGAACAACCACACCGCCGACGAAGGUCCGCGGCUAUUUCGACUUCUGAUUGCGUUCUCUGUUUUGAAUGGCUUUCAUCGUUUAGCAAAUUAGGUUUAGGGCUUUUUGGAUUUUGAUUAGAGGCCUUCAAAUUGGUGUGCCGUUGUACUUUGUUCGAUUAUAGUCGUAUUAGAAUUAAGGGUUAGAUAAAUUUCCUUUUUUCUUUUGUUUAGUUAUUAUUAUUAUUAUCAUUAUUAUCAUAGUUACUAUUGCUGGUGCUUUUGUAUUUUCCACCCAACACUGUACAAUUAACGAUUAUUACAUUGUUACAACUCGAUUUAGUGUGUGUUUCCGAUUCGAAUUUUAUCUGGAAAAAAAGAAGAGAAGCAAAAUACACGUAUAAAUGUUCUGGAUAAAAUUAUGCUUAACCAACCCAUUUGAUUGAGAAAAAAAAAAAAAAGAGAGAGAGAAAAAGAAGAAAAAGAAAACUUGUGAUAAAACAAUACUAAUGGGCAGCAAUAAUGGACAACGAUUGGGCAUAACGGAGCCCAUAUCUUUGGGAGGGCCAACGGAGUUCGAUGUGAUCAAGACCCGCGAGCUUGAAAAGUAUUUGCAAGAUGUCAAUUUGUAUGAGAGUCAAGAGGAGGCUGUUAGUAGAGAGGAAGUGCUUGGGAGACUAGACCAGAUUGUGAAGACUUGGGUUAAGAAAAUUAGCCGUGCGAAAGGGUUGAAUGAGCAACUGGUGCUAGAAGCAAAUGCCAAGAUAUUUACCUUUGGUUCUUAUCGGCUCGGGGUAUAAUUAUAUUACUUUUAUGCUAUUCGUCUUUUCAUUUGCUUAUGUUUGUUCUUUGGAAGUGUUAAAAAAGAAAAGCAUUAUGAGUUACGUACUUAUGUAUUUGAUUUUGAGCUAUCAGAGUGUGUUAUUGAAUGUAAAAAAAGAUUUAUUGCAUUAUUGUGCAUUUUGGAUGUACAAACAGUUCCUAUUACAUUUUUGUUUGAUCUGAGGUAGCAUGGGUGUAUUAAUCUAUUUUACAUAGAGACUGGUAGUCUUGUUGGUUGGCACUUUUUCUAGGUUUUGAAAUCAGCUGUUGAAAAGUGAUGUGUUUAAAAGUAUCACGUGAUAUGAAAGGUAACUGCUACUUCAAAGAAGUUAUGAAUGCUAAGAACUUCUUGUGGAUGAGCAGCUUUUAAGAUUUUCUUUUGUUAGCAAUACUCUAAUGGCCUGUUGUCUGAGAGUAAGUUCAUCUUCACGAUCUUAAAUUAUCAAUAGGGUAUGACUUCGAUGCAUAUAUGCUGAAGUUUUAGUGCGCUCAUUACUAUAUCUAUUGAGAGUGGGUUUUUUACACAAAAAGUUUAAAAAAACAUUGUGAGUUAUGUCUCACUCAGAGAUUUUUUUUUGCUGCAUAAAUAGAGAGCAGUGUUUCUGCA